UGAGUACAGCUUUUUUGUACGUUCAAUGAUGUUAUUUCGCUACUGUGCUUUAAUGAGGCGGUUUUUAUGCGGAUGUUAAUGUUUACAUUCAAUUUUCUGCUUGUUUACUUGUAAUUAUAUGAGAAACUUCUUUUUGUGUCGCUCUCAAACGGAGUUGUAUAAAUCGCUCUAAAUUGAUAUAUUUGUGGUUACAAAAAUUGACAAUUGAGGAUUUAUAACAUAUGACACAGCCACUGCUUAUAUUACAGCAUAUUUUGAGCUAGACUUCUACACAAUUAUUAGCAGGAUUAAACAAUAUCCGGAAUGAACAUAGUUACAUCCUGUGUCGACGUCGAAACUUAAGUGCUGUCUUCCUGACUCCGAGUUUAACGUGUGACAAGUUCACCUCGCCAAGGAACCAAAGCAGGAAGACAGAUGGGCGGACAUGGUUACUGAACAUAGAUAUAAACAGCGCAGUAUGACUUGCAAGCCUUUUGAGAAGGAACAUAUAAACCUGCCGACAAGGAUCUAAUUGUUCUCUCCAACAGCUAAAUACGAGAGUUAAUCCAGAAGUAAUGGCACUGCUUCCAUCAAGGUGAAACAUGUUAAAACAUCGUGUACAGACUGCAGCCGUGCCGAAUGCGCCGCCCAGCGUCGGAAGCUAUUCCGGUACCCAAAAUAACACCCAAAACACAACUGUCAAUUAUUCUGAUGCUCGGACUACCGCACCAGUUGAUAUAGUUGAUUGUGCUGGUACUCAGCAGAUUGUAAAUGCUGGUGCCGACAGCUAUCAUGGUUCCCAGCUCGCAGCACCACAUUACAUCGCCAGCAGUCUCAGUGCACAGACUGGACAACAUAGCGGAUAUAAUGCUCCACCUCCAGUCAUGGACAAUGCUCAAUAUAACUCGCAACAAACAGUAAAUGAUCUCGGUUACCAUGGCUAUCAAGAUAAGCAAUAUAUUCCUGACACUUCGCCUUCACAUUCGAUUGAAAAAAGUGCUUAUAAUUCCACCCCCAGUGGUCAGCUACCGAUGGUGAACUCACACGGUAGUGAGCAGCCCUAUAGUGUUACAUCACAAGAUGCCAAGGAAGGCGUUCGUUUAAUCACAGAAAAAUAUGACUCCUUGAACAAAUUGUCUGUAUCUCCGCAAAAAUCUCCACUGGGGUCGCCUUCUAGUGAUGGAGGAUCGUUUUCGUUUGCUGAUAUGAUAAUGUCGCAAAAAUUCCGGGAAGGCGUGACUGAACAGGAUUUGUUACAAGUGGACACAUUCUACCGAAGUCAUAAGUCUGAGGUAUAUGUAUGUGGUUGUUUAGUUAACAUGUAUUUCGGUUCAGCGAAAGCUGCAUUACAUAACGAUCAAUGGUCUUUCUCUAGUACGGGGAUUCCCCUAUUGCUGUUAGAUACUGGGGAACACCACAGAGAAAGAAAACUAUAUAUAAUUCUAGCAGAGAAGGGGACUGGAUUCACAAUGUGGCGAGAUGUGAUAGACAACCAGACAGGUUACCGAACUCCAAAUGCUAAUUUCCAUACAAUGCACACUUCGAAAGAUCACUCGAAAUUAGCUGGAUUUAGUUUCGACGAUGCUAAAGCUGCAUCAGAAUUUUAUGGUCAUAUUCACAAACUUACUGCUGAUCCAGACGAUGAACUGCUAAAAAUCGGGAAAUUUAAGAAGAAAAAAUCGAUAAAAGAUAAGAAAAAGAAAGUGAAAUUACCUAAAAAGACUGAAAUUUCACAACCUUGUUGCUUUGUUCAUGUAACUAAACUAGACCGACCAAUGUCAGAAGAGAGCGAAACUAGUUCAUCCACAAAAAGUGCAAAUCCGAAUGAAAUUUCGGCACCAUUUAAUUUUCAGCACGUGACUGGCCCAGCCGGAAGCGGAAGUGACUUAUUAAAUCUAAUGGGAAGUAAAUUAACUUUGACUAGCACUAGCAGCGUAGAUUCAGGUCUAUCAGACGACAGGGGUUCUGCAAAAGCGGGAAAUUAAUAUUAGCAGACACUCUUAGAAAUAAAUACCUCUCUAGUCAUAUACUUGUAUACAGUUGUCUACCCUGGAUUAUAUACUAUUAGGUCAGUUUACAUGAUUGAAGUGUGUUCAUAUUUUAUAAACUUGGAAUCAAAUAAUAAUUAUUUUUGAACACUUUUUAUCAGUCAGCAAUAGUCGCUAUGUUUCGUUAUUGUAAUUUGAAUUUGUCUUUGUUUUACUGCUAGUUUUAUGUCCAAUGCCAUUUGUAUUUUUUUAAUAUGCCAAACAAUGACUAAGCGUGUCAUUCAUUUAAUUACAUAAAUAAAUACUUAACAAAAUUUGAACCCAGAUUGAUUGUGAAAAUCUUUCUGAAUGAGCCAGUUUAUAUAAAGAUAAAGUUAUUACAUACAUCGGCAUGCCUACCAUAACUUUUUGCAUCGUUUAACCUUUCGAAAAAGUUGUCAAAUUCAUCAUGUUCAAUAUCCUUGUUUACGUUAUUGCAUAAAAUAUCAUAAACAUAACUUGCCACGUUCCUGUUACGCAUUAGUUAACUGAUCAUCUGCUGUUCCUUUAAAUGCAUAAAUUAUAUCUAUAUACAUUGUGCCUUUAAUAUGUGUAUGUCUAAUAUUUAUCUUCCUGAAAGCGACUGUUUGUAUAUUUGUUCCCCUAACAUUGAAAACGAUCUUCGUUUUCUUACAAACAUACAUUUUUUGAACAUUAAUCUUGGAUUAAAUCUCAUUGACAAGUAAUAAAUGUUCGCUUGGUAUAACAAACAAAAACAGAAGUGGUGCAACGCUUCAAGUAAAAUAUGAAUAAAAUUCAUUUUUCUGCAGUUUUAUUUAC